AUGGUUCAGAAGAAAACAUUUACAAAAUGGAUAAACAUGCAUUUAUCUAAAACGGAUUGCGCUCCGAUCGUGGAUCUCUUUACAGAUUUACAAGAUGGAUCUAAAUUAUUAUCACUCGUUGAAGUUUUAACUGAUAAACAAUAUAAACGAGAAAAAGGGUCGACAAGAGUCCACAGUUUAUCAAACGUUGAUAAAGCAUUGCAAAUACUAGAAGAAAACAAUGUGAAAUUAGUUGGAAUGUCCAGCGAAUGCAUCGUCGAUGGAAAUCAAAAACUCACACUCGGAUUAAUAUGGAGCAUUAUAAUGAAAUUUCAAGUGGAUAGACUCAAGGGAAGCAUGUCCGAUCUUCACCAAAGUAAUCUAGAAAAGACUUUACUCGCUUGGUGUCAGCAAAACACGAAAAAUUAUUCUGACGUCAAGAUAGAAAAUUUCACGACAUCUUGGUCCGACGGACUCGCUUUCAACGCUCUUUUACAUUGCUGGAAACCGAAUUUGAUUGAUUUCGAUGAAGUGAAACUUUUAAGUCCUGUCGAACGUCUCGAACACGCGUUCGAUUUUGCAGCUCAUCAUUUGGAUAUUGAAAAAUUUUUAGAUCCCGAAGAUAUAAAUACGGAAUCCCCGGACAAGAAAUCUAUUCUCAUGUACAUCGCUUGUUUGUUUCACUCUUUGUCGAACGAAGUGAAAAAAGUAAACACGACAAAAUCUAGUCCUGGUCCUAGGCCGGUGUCAGUCGCCCUUGGAAAGUAUCAAAGCGAUUUAGAAGAAGUUCUUACGUGGUUGUUAGAAGCAGAAGAAAAAUUAAGUUUUCCUUUCGAAGAGUGCAAUAAUUUGACGACGGCGAGAAAUUAUUUCAACGAUUACAAUGAAUUUUUGGAAGAGAUCAGAAGGCAUCGCAUGGAAAUCGGAGAUGUUUUGCUUCAGGGCUCUAAUAUUAUUUCCCUCGGGGAUUUAUCCGUGGAAGAAGAGAACGAAGUACGACUUCAAAUCAGUUUAUUAGAUUCGAGGUGGGAACAAUUAAGAUUGGCCGCCAUGGAAAAACAAUCUAAAGUCAUUGAGCACUUGAUGAAAAAUCAAAAUAGCGAAUUGGAAAAUUUUAAAGAGUGGUUAAACGACGUUGAAAUACGUAUAACGAGAUUGACGACUCAUUCGGGAACAUUAACGGAAAGACUGAAUCAGGCUUUGGCCCUGCAAAAAGAAAUUCAAGACCACGAACGCAUUGCUGAGUCUUUAAAAAAAUUAGUAUUAGUGGAAGAUGCAAAUUUUGAAAGCAGCAAUCGAGACACGGAAGACAAUGUAAAAGUUGGAGAUCGUUGGAUUCAUAUUUGCCAGUGGAUCAACGAUAAAGUGAUUCAAUUGAAAAAUCUUUCGGCGAAUCAAAGGCGUUUGGGUGACGAUUACCACUAUUUAGGUACUUGGCUAAGUGAAACCGAAGCCACUUUGAAAAAAAUGGAAGCGGAGCCGGUUUCGGAAAUACCAAAAAUAAUUAAAAGAACGGAACAGUUAAAGAACAUGUAUAAAGAAAUUGAAAAAAACAAUGAGAAAAUUGUUGAAUUAAUGAUCGAAGCUGAAAAAUUAGAUGAUUGCGAAUUAGACGGCGAAGCAGCCGGACUUUUAAUUGAUUUAGAAACGGCUCAAGAUCGUCUCGACGCGUUGAAAUCAAUUUUAGAAGUUCAGGCUCAGAGGAUAAGGUAUUCCGGUUUUGAAAUAAGUUUCCUCGGUCCGGAAAUUGAAGAAAAAUACAUUGAAGACAAAGCGGAACAAAUAGAAACGAAAAAACGUAAGAUAAGUUCGAACGUGAGCGAUUUCGAUAGCAUUUUCGAAAAAUUAAAUUCUUGGCUCGACUGCUGGGAAACGCUUUUGGAUCAGUCAGACGCAAACGUUCAAAACGGAAGUCAUUCAUUAGAUGAACAUUUGAAGUUAUGCGCAGAAGGAGAAGAAGAUUUAGAAAAUCGAAGAAAAGAUUUUAACACGGCUUUGAGUUUGGGUCAAAAAGUUUUACAGGAAGUUCGAAAUAACAAGGAGAAAAAACAACAGGAGCAGAAAAAUUUAUCGACUUUGACAUCCAGGUGGAAUGCAUUGGAAGAAAGACUUAAAGAAUGCGAGGAAGCCAAGGAGAAAAUGAUUGAAAAAAAUAACGAUCGCCUUUUGACGGAAUUAAAAAACGUUAAGAAAACAAUGGACGAUUGUUCGAAAUGGAUGGAAAAAGCCAACAGGAAAAAAACUGUCGAUAUAUUUGAUCAAAUGACGGAGAGAAUGGAGUCAUUGGCUGAGAAAAAGAACGAAGUGAAAAAUUUAAAUACGAAAUUAGAUGAGAGCGGUCUGGAUUCGAUGAAUAUUUACGAAAAUUUCGAUAACGUCAUUGUUAAAUUUGGAAUAUUUUAUAACGAAAAAAUUAACGAGUACGUAAAAACGUUAGAGGAUUUAAUGGAAACGGUGGAUGAUGAUUACUUGCGUAGCGUUCAACUGUCGUUAGACGUCGAAACGAACAUGAAAAAAUUCAACGAAUUACAAAAAACGUUUUCCGACCACAAUGAAAAAUUAGAAAAAUUGACGCAGAUGGAAAGUUUUCCACAAUUAAUGCACGUUCAAUCGCGAUGGAGCGAAUUGAAUGAUUUAAUGGAAACGAAAAAGAAUAAUUUGAUGAUGAAUUUCGAAUUGUUAAAAAAACAUAACGAAAACUUGUCGACGGUCGAAAAUCAGAUAAAAACGUUGGAACAUUUGAAAAAUCAAUCAUUCGACGAAACAAAUUUAGACGCGUAUUGUCAAGAAUUCAAAUCGUUAGUCGAUCAAUUAGAAAAUUUAAUCGUGAUUUUGCAUGAUUCGCUGGGCCAGAUAAUCAAAGUUUCAGACGUUGAGUUGAAAGAUUUUUUAACCGUCGAAGUCAACAAAAUAUCAAAUAAAAUUGAUUUGUUUCGGGAACAUUAUCAAGAUUUGGAAAAUGUCAAAAAAUAUUUUGCCGACGUUAACGAGUGUUUGCGUUGGUUAAAUCUCGUAGAAGAGGAAAGUAAAAAAAUGGAUAAUAUAUCGGACACUUCUCAGUUAUCUCAAGCCAGAACGUGGCACGGACGUUUAAAAGAAAGCAUAGAGUCAAAGAAUGAUAGUUUCAAUGCGUUGGAAUCGGUGGGAAUUCAAUUGUCCGACAAAGAAUUCGAAGCGACGAAUGAAAAAUUAAACGAAUUAAAAACUCGGAAAGAGAAAGUUUUAGAAAAAGUGUUGGAAAGGUCGAAACAACUCGAUAAAGCCUCACAGCAAUACGGAGAAUUCAAAGCUUUGGUUGCGCAAGAAAGCGAUUGGUUGGAUAAGUUGGAAAAACGUCUUAGAAAAUCACCGGAAAGUGCUGCAGACGCUGAAGACAUUUCCGAGGAAUUGGAUGAUUUAGAAAAUUAUCUUCGAAAUCAUCCCGAUCAACGAUUAUCUAGAAUUCAAGAAUUGGGAAAAGGUUUGAUUGCCGCAGGAGCUUUAUCCGUCGAAGUGAGACGUCACGUUCACGACAUCACGGCAAGAUGGAAUCUUUUGAGUCAGCAAGCAGGCGAACGAGCUCAAGUUCUCGAAGGAUCCGCUCAGGAAGCAACAAAAUCGGAAGGUCGGCUUCAAGCUUUGCAAAGGUGGUUGGCUCAAGUGGACAUUUCGCUGACCACUAGAUUAAAAAGAGACAUUACGGCUCAAGACCUUCCGGAAGACAGUCAAAAACUCAUGGAAGAGUUUGCUCAACAGGAAGCCGUGCUCAAGGAUAUGACGGCACAAGAACAAAAUUACAGGCGUGCAGGGAGAUUAGAAGCGGCUGCCAGAUUAGGUCACCAAAUAAAAAUGCUUCAAAAUCAAUUUGCCGAGGUGAAAGUUAAAUUCGAUCAAUUUCGAUCCGGAAGUAAAAUCGAAGAAAGAAUUUCAAGAGCUAUGAAAGAUUUGCGACGAGUUGAAGAUUCAGCUUGCCUCCUCGAAUUAACCAGUCACUUGCCAGAAAACAUUGAAGGACAACUUAAUUAUUGCCGUAAAUUUUAUCAAAUUUUGAGCGACAUAAAACCGGAAGUCGAAACGGUUAUUAAAGAGGGUAGAAAGCAAGCGGAAGAACAACCGGAAUUGACACCGAGAAUCGAUGCUUUGAAAGAACUUUACAACAGGUUGGGAUCUGAGAUAACGAGUGCAAAAGGAAGCUUGGAAACAGCAUUAGAGCUUUCUAAAUGCGUAGUACAAGACCUUGAGGAUCUCACUUCGUGGAGCAGAGAACUUACCGACAAAGUUGAUGAUAAUUCCGACGACGUCGUUAUGCUAAAGUGGAGAACUGUGAGAGAAGGAAUGGAAAAUCGAGUGGAGGAAUUGAUUACUUUGUGCGAAUCCGUUUCGCCGAAAGAAAUCAACGAAAUAGUUUCGAAUUGUAUUAAUCGCUGCGAAAGAGCCGAACACAGACUUCGUCACACUCUUCAUUCCAAACAAGUAAGUCAAGUAUUAAAAUUAUUAAAAUUACAACCUUUUUCAAUUUUCAUGCUUUCUUGUGGUGUCAGAUUUGUCAGAUUAAAAUUAAAAUCUAUGAAUAAAGAAAAUUUAUCUAAUUCAAUGGAAACUUAUGAUAACGUGGUCGAGAGAAAUGAGAAAAAGGAUAAGAUCAACGUUGUUUUUUGCCGACAUUUAAGAGAUGGAAAUGACGAAUGUAAAAGUAAAAAAAUUAAAAUAAGCGAUGGUAAAAACGAAGCCAAAAUAUUGGAUUCGGAUUACGAAAUGUCGAAUAAUUUAGAAAAGGAUGAAAAAGACGAUGAUGCUAAUACAUUCAGAUUGGUCGAAGAGAGCAGUUUGUUUUCUCAAUUGUCGGAAAAUAAAUUGCAAGUGAAAAAAAUAAAUUCCGAGCAUCAAGAUCAAGAAAAUCCGUGCAAAGUCGUGGAGGUUAAAGCGGGUGAGAUAAUGAGGUCGGUGGUUACGGCUGUCGAAUCUCUCGUCGUGCCCGGUCCCGACGACGUGGAAAUGGUGCAAAUAAUCGACGACACCGAUACCGAACCGGAAAGCAAUUCACCCGCUUUCGUUAGAAGAUUGUUAAAGCAGAAAGAUAAUAUCGAAAGCGAAUCGUCGGAGGAAAAUAUUUCGAAAAAAUUACAUUCGAGGAAAGACGAAGAAACGAUUAUCAAACCUAAAAGAUUAAAUUCGGAUGGCGAAAAAAAUGUGAGACACCCGUCGAAAAUUCUCAAAAGCGUCGAUAAAAAUUUGGGAAAUUCCGGAUCGGAUAAGAACGAGAAAGAAAAGGAAUUUAAGGGAAGUUCAGACGAAACAAAUUUGACGACAUUGGUUCAAGUGUCCAACGAUGAGGAUUUUACCAAAAGCGAAGAUCCGAAAAUCGUCGAAGAACAUUUAAAACAAGAGCCCGCAUUGGAAAAAUAUCCGAAACCCUUCAAUUAUGAAAAAAAUAAAUUGAAAAGAAAAGGUGCGGACCCGGUUUUGAAAAAAGAUGUUUCGGAAAAUAAAGAAACGGACAAGGAUGAAAGUCGAGGAAAAGAUGAUACCUUAAAAUCCGACGUUCCAUCUUCUCCUGGUAAAAUUAAAGAUAAGGAAAAAACAAAACCUAAAACGAAAUUCGAUAGUUCCGAUACGGACUACGAUAGUUUUUACGGAAGUGAUAAAGACAAUGACGAAGAACUCGUGUUUUCCGAAGAUGAUAAUGUUCUCGAUAAUCCCAAUACCGAAAGUACUGUUAGUGAUGACGAUGAUGAUGAUGAUGUUGAAUCGUUUUUUUCCGAGCAGUUUAUACCAAUGGAAAGAAACGAGCCGUUGAAAGUAAAUACCGUAUCAAAUUUUGAAGAAUCAGCAAGAGAAAUGCUGUCUCGUAUGGAUAACAUGCUUCAAACAGUACGAGGCGUGGGGGGCGAGCCGAAUCCGAAAAAAAGAUUGGAAAUAUUAGAAAGAGAGUUAAGUGGUAUUGCUCCAGACGCUGCAUCCCUUAUUAGUAAAGGUGACGGUUUCGUACUGGAUGUUCAUUUUAAAGAUCUUGUUCAAGCGGAAAAACUAUCGCUGACUCAGGACAAACUUCGAGCCAAAUGGAGUCAGGUCAUGGCGGAAACUGAGGUGAGAAAAAUUCAAGCUCAAAAAGCCGAACAAAUUGCUGAUGAGUAUCAAGAGCUCUGCGAAAAUUUGGAAAAAUGGAUUAACAAAGCGGAACCGCGAUUGCAAUCUGCCAACAACGAUCAAUCUUGCCUGAAAAAUCUACGAGAAGAAUUGAAACUCAAAUGGGAGCAACUUUACAAAAUACAAGAAAUGAAUUCGGAAAUGCAAGUUCAACAAAUUGCGCAUAACAGUAAACUCGUUCAAAUAUUAGCCGGAAAAUUAGAAUCCAUGAGAGAACAAUUGCAGUCGUUAUCCAAAGACUCUUUGCCGAAGAACAAAUUAGCCAAUGAACCCGGUCUCGAACUCGUGAGAAAAGUCAACAGAAUAAGAGAGGGAGUGUCGACUUUGUUCAGGCGUUUGCAUUCGCCUCCUCUAUCCGGUGCCGACUUUCAAAAUUUCCUUCAGCAAGAAUCCGCAUUGCAAGGAAUCAGCGAAGCCAUCGGCGAAUUAAAAGUCGGAGUCGAUCAAAUAGAAAAAUCGCGGGAAAAUUACUUGAAGAGCUCUUGUUCGGAAACAUCGGCUCAACUACGUCGAGUCAUCGAUAAACUACGAGAAGAAUGGUCGCAAUUGAACCGAGCCUACACGGAUCGUCACAGCAAAUGGGUGAGGUGUAACGACACGUGGAAAAGUUUGAAAUCCGAUUGCGGAAAAUUAAACGAUUGGAUUUCGAACGCGGAAGAAACAUUAAAAUCUCCGUCGAGACGACACGUGGAUUUGGAAAAACAAGCAACCGUGAAACACAGAAUGAUAAACAGCGUGUCCAACCGGUGCGAAGAAAUUCUCAUGAGCUCCGGUAAAAACGAAAUGACGGACCUGGAAGAGAGCGUGACGAACCUUCGUGGAAGAUGGAAAAAAUUACUUUCGAAUCUUCAAACGAUAAAAGAAAGAGUUUGCCAAGCGGAAGACAAUGAUACGAAAUUAAUCACGCCCGUGAAUCCAUCGGAUAAAAGCUCUUUAAUAACUCGGAUUAAUCUCCUAAAGAGUAGAGAAGAAGAAUUGCGUCAAGCGCUUAGAUCGAUGGAUCAAUCAAAAAUUGGUCCAGACGAAGCAAUCAAUAGAGUGGCGGUAGAUACGGCACUGGGAACCGCUUUGGAACAAAGGGAAAACGUCGAAGGAAAAUUAACGUCUUUGGAAAAAUACACGGCUCGAUUGGAAGUUGUAGCCGAAUGGUUGUCGAGUGCGAAAAACAAAUUGUCUGCUCCGAAUCAAUCAUCGACGGACUCAAUAAUUGCCGAAGUCAUAGAUAGAGAAUCCGAAAUCAAAGAAGUUUUAGGAAAUUUCACGAAUUUGGAAAAGGAAUGUAAUGUCGUCGAACAAACUGUCUCCCCGCAACUUCAGGUAUUUAUUCUCAAUUCGUUACUAUUUAAACUAUCAAAUAAAGAAGCUGCGAGAGGAUUGGCAAUAUAUAAAAAACUUCAAUUCCGAAACACAAACACCGGAACUUCCUCAUCAUUAUUCGACAAAGUUCAAUUCGGGUGA